GUCGAAAGUGAUACUCCGUCCAUUCCAUUUGAAAAAGAUCUACAGUAUCAUUCAACAUGGGUGAUGCAGGAUUCUUCAAAGGCACUAGCGCUGAUCAAGACACGCGAUUCAGCAACAAGCAGAAGAAGUUGAUGAAAUCUAUGAAAUUCCCUCCGGAAUUCGACCAAAAGGUCGACUUUUCAAAGGUGAAUUUGACCGUUCUGAAACCAUGGAUCGCAACUGAAAUCACAAAGAUACUCGGCUUCGAAGACGAUGUUGUAAUCGACUUCACCUAUGGUCUUCUUGAAACACAGAAACCAGAUCCAAAGGAAAUGCAAAUUAAUUUAACCGGCUUCUUUGAGGGCAAAACCCAGGAGUUUCUGUUGAACUUGUGGAAACUAUUGCUGAGUGCGCAAGGAAGUGUUGGUGGUAUUCCCGCUAGUUUCCUAGAAGCAAAGAAAGAGCAAAUUCGUCAACAACAGCUCAAGGACGAAGAAGCCAAACGACAGCAGAAGGAUGUUAUGGAUAAUAUUCGAAAGCGUCGAGAUGUAGAGGAGGAGGACAGGCGUAACCAGCGAAAUACCACGGGAAGAGGAGAUCGUGACAGAAAUGAUGAUGAUAGAUCAUAUAGAGGUAGAGGAGGAGAUGACCGACGACGACGCUCAAGAUCACGAGAGAGAUCGUACCGAGGUGACCGAUACCGUGGAGAUCGAUAUGAGCGCAGGCGGGAUGGUAGUGGAGACCGAUACGAACGCAAACGAGAUGAUAGCGCCGAUAGGUAUCGAUCUAGCCGGCGACGAAGUAGAACUCCUGAGCCUAGACGUAGUCGCUACUCUCGCUCACCUAGUCCACGUCGUAGCCCUCCUUCGCGCUCAAGAUCAGAAAAGCACCAUCACGACCCUUCUUCGACCGAUCUCAACGAGCAGGAGGACCUUCGUUUGAAAGCCAUGGCAUCCAUGCAACCGCAUCAAGAUUAAAGCUAGUUAUCGAGGUUACCCUGCCGCGAUUUAUCUCAGCAUUCACUCACUUGCGAAAAGAACCAACAAAAAACCCACUAAAACCAAUAAGCCAUUAAAGGA